UGGUUGCCUUGCUCGGAGCUGCUGGCUGUCAGAAAAACACACGAAGAUGGCGUGGCGCUGCUGCGGUGCAACAUGUCGGUUUACAGGGAAAAUACACGCAAAUUUGAGAGAGUCAUUCAUAUCUACGAUGUUCUUAUUUGUGUGUUUACUUUUUCCUUUUACCACCGAAGCUGGCUUGUACACCGCUUCUGAUCAGGUAGUCGUUUUAACCCCGGAUAAUGUAGACAGCGUUUUGGUGAAUUCUACGGCCGCACAGGUGGUUGAGUUUUACGCCUCUUGGUGCGGGCAUUGUAUUGCAUUUUCUCCCGUAUGGAAAAGUCUCGCAAGAGAUAUUAAAGGUUGGUGUGCAUUUUCCCGUAAUAUAAUAUAGAAUGUUUUGCCCUAUGAAAGUCUCGCCUACUUCCUGGUUAACGGCUCGUAUUGUUUUUGAAUAGGCUUCAAGCUUAUAUCAUCAUACUCAUAAAUAUUUAGUCAUUUAAGAUGUACAAUUAUAUUCGUAUUCGUGUAUUCGUUUACUUUUACCCAAUGCCUUUUAUGAAGGUUUCGAUUACGAAGAGAAAAACGCAAUCGAAAACCUUCAUGAAAGGCAUCAGGUAGAAGUACAUUUAGCCCCGAAUACGAAUAUAAUUUGACAUGUAUCUUAAAUGACCACAUUUUAAUGAAUUUGAUUAUAGAAACUGAAAGCCCAUUCAUAAAUGAACGGGUUGUUGUUAAUAAACCAAUCAUAAUUGACUGGUCGUGUGUGACAUGUACAAGUCAUGGGUUAAACAAAUUAAAAUGUUCUCUCUUGCAACAUACAUUUGUCUUCAUUUUCCACAUACAGUGCAUUCUGGAAGUAUUCAGACCCAUCCCCUUUUUCCACAUUUUGUUACGUUUACAGACUUAUUCUAAAAUUGAUUAAAUUACUUUUUUCCCUCAUCAAUCUACACACAAUACCCCAUAAUGACAAAGUGAAAACGGGUUUUCGAAAUUUUUGCAAAUGUAUAAUAAAUAAAAACAGAAAUACCUUAUUUACAUAAAUAUUCAGACCCUUGCUAUGAGACUCGAAAUUGAUCUCAGGUUCAACCUGUUUCCAUUGAUCAUCCUUGAGAUGUUUCUACAACUUGAUUGGAGUCCACCUGAAGGGUACCAAAAAUGUUUUGCAGCAUUGAAGGCCCUCAAGAACACCGUGGCCUCCAUCGUUAUUAAAUGGAAGAAGUUUGGAACCUCCAAGACUCUUCCUAGAGCUGGCCGCCCGUCCAAACUGAGCAAUCGAGGGAGAAGGGCCUUGGUCAGGGAGGUUACCAAGAACCCGAUGGUCACUCUGACAGAGCUCCAGAGUUUCUCUGGAGAUGGGAGAACUUUCCAGAAGGACAUCCAUCUCUGCAACACUCCACCAAUCAGGCCUUUAUGGUAGAGUGGCCAGACGGAAGCCACUCCUCAGUAAAAGGCACAUGACAGCCCGCUUGGAGUUUGCCAAAAGGCACCUAAAGGACUCUCAGACCAUGAGAAACAAGAUUCUCUGGUCUGAUGAAACCAAGAUUGAACUCUUUUGCCUGAAUGCCAAGCGUCACGUCUGGAGGAAACAUGGCACCAUCCCUACAGUGAAGCAUGGUGGUCACAGCAUCAUGCUGUGGGGAUGUUUUUCAGCGGCAUGGACUGGGACACUAGUCAGCGUUGAGGGAAAGAUGAACAGAGCAAAGUACAGAGAGAGAGAUCCUUGAUGAAAAUCUGCUCCAGAGCGCUCAGAACCUCAGACUGGGGUGACGGUUCACCUUCCAACAGGACAACGAUCCUAAGCACACAGCCAAGACAAUGCAGGAGUGGCUUCGGGACAAGUCUCUGAAUGUCAUUGAGUGGCCCAGCCAGAGCCCGGAUUUGAACCCGAUCAAACAUCUCUGGAGAGACCUGAAAAUAGCUGUGCAACGACGCGCCCCAUCCAACCUGACAGCUUCAGAGGAUCUGCAGCUUCAGAGGAUCUGCAGAGAAGAAUGGGAGAAACUCCCCAAAUACAAGUGUGCCAAGCUUGUAGCAUCAUACUCAAGAAGACUUGAGGCUGUAAUCGCUGCCAAAGGUGCUUCAACAAAGUACUGACUAAAAGGUCUGACUACUUAUGUAAAUGUGAUAGUUCAGCUCUUUUAUUUUUUAUAAAUUUGCAAAAAUUUAUAAAAACCAGUUUUUGCAUUGUCAUUAUGGGGUAUUGUGUGUAGAUUGAUGAGGGGGAAAAAACAAUUUUAUCCAUUUUAGAAUAAGGCUGUAACGUAACAAAAUGUGGAAAAGGUCAAGGGGUCUGAAUACUUUCCGAAUGCACUGUAUGUAUUCAUGUUUUAUAUGCCCAUCAAACUGCAGUGCAAAUUGAGGCAGUGUGUAGUAUCCAAUUUAUAAAACCAAAAUGUAUUAGCCUAUGCAGACUUUUAAAAAUGAUUUCUAGACUUUUUAAAUAAAACAAUUAUUAACAAUUGUUUUAUUUUAUAUUCCUGUAUUAUUCCACUUUAACAUGUAAAUUACGAGAAAAAAGCAGUGUGAUUCUGACCUUGUUGUUUUCCAGAGUUCAGGACAGCCAGUAUCUCAGCCCUCCCCCUCCUCCUCCCCUCCCAGAAGGCAGCCUUUACAUUUGAUUAUUGGAGCAUAUGAUGUGAUUUAGGAAUUCACAUUCUGUCCAUCUCAUAGCUACUCUUGUUCAAGCACCAUCCUUUGGAAUCCCAAAUUAGAAUACAUUUAGGCAUUUCAGGCCUCAGUCUAUAAGCGGGAUCCAAUUAACUGUGUAACAAGAAAAUAAUCCCAUGCAAUUAGUUUGAAAUUGACAUAGUUUCCUAUUGGCAGCAGGCCCAAACUAUGAGGCAGGUUUUAAAGCCUCAGAUCUAGAGAGAAGCCACCAGCCUCUGGCCUGCUUUCCAGUUGAUCAUACGGAAUAAUUGUAUAUGCUUAGGAGUUGUAAUAAUCAGAGGAAUAUUUGGUACUAAAAUCAAAAGCUGUUUUCCUGCAUAUAACCUGUAUCGUAUGUAGUUGUGCAUUGAGUUUGACACUAAUUAUAAUGUCUCUUCCUAGAAUGGAAACCGGCUGUGGAUUUAGCUGCCAUAGACUGUGCUAAUCAAGAUAAUGGCCCGAUUUGUUCCCGUUUUGGUGUCAGGGGGUACCCAACACUGAAGGUACUUCAAUUGUUAUAUUCCACCAGCCUUAUGGAUUUUCAGUGUCUUAUCUCACAGGAACCAAUGUAUCCAAUGUUAAAAAAUGAUUGUGAGUCAUUAUCAGCUAUUUUGACACUAAAACUUUACCAUACAAAAACUCAUAACCCCUAACAGUUACAUUUCAGUUAGCAAUACACUCACUUUAGAUUAGUCGGCAAUAAAUCUCUGAGUUCUUCUUGCUGUCGUCCGGUGAAAGUCAAAUGAAAGAGAUAAUUUGUCUAAAUUAAUGAGGGAGCUGCAACAUCUGCAGGUGAUUUAAAGUAGGAAGGUGUUUUAAGGGGGUAGGGGUGUCACCUAUUCCUCCCAGUGGUCAACAUGUGGCGACCUGAUAUCUGAUCCUCUUACUCUCUCUCCCUCUGACAGUUCUUCCACGCUUACUCCAAACCUGACUCCAAGGGAGAAGGUUUCAGAGGUAAUGCAAAUGUUUAGAUAAUUCCUGGGGCAGAUGGUGAUGAUAUGAAUGGCUAGUAUGAGAAGUUUUGAACUGUGUUUUUCUACAUGUUCACUUAUUAAUCCUGUGUGCCUGAAUCCUCCCAGGAUUUUCUCGUGAUGUGAGUGGUUUACGCCAUAAGAUCAUCGAUAAGAUGGAGACCCAUGAGGAGCCGUGGCCCCCUGCCUGCCCCCCUCUGGAGACAGCUAGGUGAGGCAGCCUCUCCUUUUUUUUUUUUUAAACAAACACACAAGGGAGGCAGCCUCUUCUGAUCACACGAACACCCUAGAGCUCACACACACAACCACCCUAGAGCUCACACACACAACCACCCUAGAGCUCACACACACAACCACCCUAGAGCUCACACACACAACCACCCUAGAGCUCACACACACAACCACCCUAGAGCUCACACACACAACCACCCUAGAGCUCACACACACAACCACUACCUCUAGGGCCUAGCCCAUCAUGACUUCCAUUCAUAUUGUGACAAUACCACCCUUGGUUUUAAGGUUUUCAUGGAUAAAUGAGGGUGUCUAUUGGGUUGUGCCACAGCACAUAAACUCACACACUGCUCCAAACCAUCAUAAGUGACACUUUACUUUUCGCAUUAUUCAUCACAGGGACUUUACAAGAUAAUGGUUGAUAACAUAGGAAGUAGAACAUGUUGAUUCCUAUUUUCUGAAUGAAAGCGUUAGAUUAUGAGGUCUUCCUCUUUUGAAGAAAACAACUUAAGGCGCUAUCCCACUUGUCAUGUGAGUUACAUGUCAAUGCUCAGAUUGUGAUGUUGUUCAAUUUAUAUGAAGACUUAAUAGAAAUGUACUUGAUGUUUCAAAUGUCAGCUAUUAGUGAUAUGUUGUGGUCACUAUGUAAAAUGUAUUAUCCUCCUCUCUCCACAGCAAAGCAGAGCUUGACAACUUCUUUGAGACUAACAAUGUGGAACACCUGGCCUUGAUCUUUGAGACCUCUAACUCAUAUGUGGGCAGAGAGGUAAGAAUCCAUUAGCGUCAGUCAAGCUACAUGCUCCUCAGAGGGAAAUGGAGGAGAAAAAAGCCUGAGGGCGGUCAAAUAGAAAAUGUUUUUAGUGUGCUUGUAAAUAUUGACCAUGUAUAGCAGGGGUUGGCAUCAGACAGUGAUAUUUGUUUGGCUCCACUAAAUUUUGAUUCAGCCCCUCCAAAAAAAAAUAUUUAGGAAAUCUGUUCCCAAGUAUUCCCACAAUUAAAAAAAGAGACAUGUGAGAGUGUCUCAAUGUAAUCAAGGUAUAAAAUUAUUGUUAUUUUCUAAUACAAUCUCUUUUUGGGCUUAGUUGUGGUCAAUUUGCAGUGUACAAAUUAUUGUGUUCGGGCCCCCCGACCAUCCGCUCUGACAAAAAUCGUCCCCUGGCUGAAUCUAGUUGCCUACCCCUGCUGUAUAGAAGGCAAACAUUAUGUUGACUAUGGGACUGUGUCAACAACAGUGUGUCACUAUGUCAACAGUGUACGUGUGUGUCUAGUACAACCAGUUUAAACAACAUACAGACAGUCGGUCAUUACUGUGUGUUGGUUUUUCUUCCUCACCAGGUGACUCUGGACCUACUGCAGUAUGAGAACAUAGCCGUGCGGAGGGUCCUGAGCACUGAGGACGCCCUGGUGGCUAAACUGGGUGUGACCGACUUCCCAUCCUGCUACCUGUACUAUCCUAGUGGGAUCUCCACCAGGCUCCAUGUGUGAGUGGCUGCUCUAAUACCAUCACAAUAUGUGACAGAACUGCAGAUCACGUUCAGCUUUCCUCAGUCUGGACCCUAAUGUACCUACUCAAGAGUUUUUCUUCUUCAAUUUUCACGAUUCAAUACUCAACAAUCUUGUUGUGAAAGGCUUUAUUUCAGUUGUGUUAUCCACAGCUAUGAUAGGAUGCCUUUUAACAUCUGGCCUCUUAAUGGGAUCAUGGAAUUAAAAUAUUCAUUAUUCAUUUUUAUCAUUAUUCAAUAUCAUAAUACUUUGUACGAUGAUUCCUCACCCCGUGAAUUAAUCUGCUGUAUCUUUCGCUUUGUGUUGCUUAUUUCCAUAACUUGGCAUGCAAGAAGAGUCUUUUUUUAGUUGACAAAUGAAAAAAGGAAAUGAUUUAUUGCUGAUUUAUUUAUUCCCCCCUCCUCUUCAUGGGCGUACAGAGGGGUUUUUAAUUUCUUGCAUGGAUACAAUAGCUUUCCUUUCCUGCGGUUCACCUGCCAAACCACCCCAACCUCGCCUUGUGCUGCGACAGAUGGUCGCCCAUCACAGUUGAGUGCGUGAUUGAUCCGGGGGGGGGGGGGGGGGGGGGGGGGGGGGGGUAGAGUCCCACAUCCGUCAUGCGUGUGCCUCUCCCAGGUGAACGCGGCCCCUCGCUCCCCCCUCCAACACGUGCCUCUCCCCCCUCCGACUCGUGCCUCUGUGCUCUGGGGACCCCACAAUGAAUAGCGCCCCAGAAAGUCUAGUGUAAUUGAGUUCCAGGCAGGGGUGGGCCGGACGCGCUCAGGCCUGGACCAUCCUCCUGCUCUCAUUGGUCCACAGGGUAGUUUGGCUGGCUGGUAGGAACAGGGAGAUGGGUAGCAGUCUUUUUGUUCCAUUGCCAGGGUUAACAGAGGGAAAUGAUCAGCGAUGGUAUCUCAGCACCAUCUGUUCACCAGAGGAGAGAGGAGGCCAUGAGGGCUUAGUGAGGAGACCAGGAGCCCACCUGUGUUCUGAUGAGGGCAGGCCCUGGCACAGGCAACCACUUGUAUCCUAUUCCUAGACAGAGAAGCCAAAAACCUUAUUCUUCCACUGUAGAUAAAAUAUACUGUGAGGUCUGUGUUUGUAUUCUAGUGGGAAGGAUUUUUCACCUGUUUCCAUGGUUAAAAUCCUCCUGUGGCUGGCUGCCAGAUCAAUGGAAAUUCAUCAGUCCUACCUGUGAACUUAACUGUCUGUUUGGCUGUCUUCCAGACAACUUGAGGCCCGGACCUUCUACUCCUACGCCCUCCAGAGGCUUCCUGGGGUAGUGCGGGCCGGAAAGCCACUGCCAGUGACCUCUGACCUUGCGAAAAACACAACAGAGGACCAAUUGAGACCAUUCAACAGGUAAAGCAUUUUAACUUGACAAAGCAGUAAUAGUGUCCAGAAAAAGGAAUUCCUAAUUUUUAGGUAUAAGCUUUACCAAUGUAACCCCAUUGAUUCCAUGACAAAAAUGUUGAAUUCUGUGUGUCCUCAGGUCUCGUGUGUAUAUGGCAGACCUGGAGUCUACUCUGCACUACUCUCUGCGCGUGGAGCUGGCAGCUCACCCUGUCAUCAAAGGAGAGGCUCUGAGCACACUACAACGCUACAUCUCAGUACUAGCGAAGGUGAGUGGACAGGUUUGCUGCUCACACUGAAACUAAACCAUACCCAUACUGAACACUAACCGCACCCAUUCAUCCUCUCUCUGUUCAUAUCAGCUGUUGUCAUGGCUAUGCAGUUAUGAUGACAUACCACUAGAGGGAGAGGGAGACAGUAUUUGGGAGUUGUUAUAUCAGUUGUGAAACAGAGGCCUUCUAAACGAUUUAGCUGCAUAAUUAGUUCUAAUUCAGCUUUACUUUAAAAAUAUAUACACUACCAGUCAAAAGUUUGGACACACCUACUCAUUCAAGGGUUUUUCUUUAUUUUUUACUAUUUUCUACAUUGUAGAAUAAUAGUGAAGACAUUAAAACUAUGAAAUAACACAUAUGGAAUCAUGUAGUAACCAAAAAAGUGUUAAACAAAUCAAAAUAUAUUUGAGAUUCUUCAAAUAGCCACCCUUUGCCUUGAUGACAGCUUUGCACACUCUUGGCAUUCUCUCAACCAGCUUCAUGAGGUAGUCACCUGGAAUGCAUUUCAAUGAACAGGUGUGCCUUCUUAAAAGUUAAUUUGUGGAAUUUAUUUCACUCUUAAUGCAUUUGAGCUAAUCCGUUGUGUUGUUACAAGGUAGGGGUGGUAUACAGAAGAUAGCCCUAUUUGGUAAAAGACCAAGUCCAUAUUAUGGCAAGAACAGCUCAAAUAAGCAAAGAGAAUUGACAGUCAGUGAAUCCGGAAAAGUUAAAGAACUUUGAAAGUUUCUUCAAGUGCAGUCGCAAAAACCAUCAAGCGCUAUGAUGAAACUGGCUCUCAUGAAGACCGCCACAGGAAUGGAAGACCCAUAGUUACCUCUGUUGCAGAGGAUAAGUUCAUUAGAGUUACCAGCCUCAGAAAUUGCAGCCCAAAUAAAUGCUUCACAGAGUUCAAGUAACAGACACAUCUCAACAUCAACUGUUCAGAGGAGACUGCGUGAAUCAGGACUUCAUGGUCGAAUUGCUGCAAAGAAACCACUACUAAAGGACACCAAUAAGAAGAGACCUGCUUGGGCCAAGAAACACGAGCAAAGGACAUUAGACCAGUGGAAAUUUGUCCUUUGGUCUGGAGUCCAAAUUGGAGAUUUUUGGUUCAAACAGUUGUGUCUUUGUGAGAUGCAGUGUGGGUGAACGGAUGAUCUCCCGCAUGUGUAGUUCCCACCGUGAAGCAUGGAGGUGGUGGUGGAGGUGUUAUGGUGUGGGGGUGCUUUGCUGGUUACACUGUCUGUGAUUAUUUAGAAUUCAAGGCACACUUAACCAGCAUGGCUACCACAGCAUUCUGCAGCGAUACACCAUCACAUCUGGUUUGGGCUUAGUGGGACUAUCAUUUGUUUUUCAACAGGACAAUGACCCAACACACCUCCAGGCUGUGUAAGGGCUAUUUGAUCAAGAAGGAGAGUGAUGGAGUGCUGCAUCAGAUGACCUGGCCUCCACAAUCCCCCGACCUUAACCCAAUUGAGAUGGUUUGGGAUGAGUCGGACGGCAGAAUGAAGGAAAAGCAGCCAACAAGUGCUCAGCAUAUGUGGGAACUCCUUCAAGACUGUUGGAAAAGCAUUCCAGGUGAAGCUGGUUGAGAGAAUGCCAAGAGUGUGCAAAGCUGUCAUCAAGGCAAAGGGUGGCUAUUUGAAGAAUCUCAAAUAUAAAAUAUAUUUAAAUUUGAUUAACACUUUUUUGGUUACUACAUGAUUCCAUAUGUGUUAUUUCAUAGUUUUGAUGUCAUCACUAUUAUUCUACAAUGUAAAAAUAAAGAAAAACCCUUGAAUGAGUUUGUGUGUCAAACUUUUGACUGGUACUUUAUUUAUGACAAUAUGGUCCAUAUAAUUCACCAAAUUGAAUUAUAGUGCUGAUGUUACUUGGUUCAAAAUUCUUAAUGUUAUACCGGUAAGUGUACAAUAACUACACUAUUACGUAGUUUUUACAUGCUUAUUAACGAAAAUAAGCAUGUCAAUGGUGAGGCCAAAAUUGGAGGCCAUUGACUUGUCAGGACUCAAAAGGCUCUCUUGGGGAAAUACUUUAUUUGCUUCCCAUUGGUUCCCCACCUCUUUCUUGAAUGCAGACAUACCCUGAUUAGGAUUUCCUAGAGCUGGGUCCCCCUGCCCCAACCCCUCCCCUCCCCUCCCAGCUCUAUCCUACCCAGAAUUGUGGCAGGGAUUCCAAGACAUUGACCUCCCCAGUCAGGCUCUUAUUGGCUGUGCAUCAGGCAGCCUCUCCACCACAUAUCUCUGUGAUUUAUUUCAGACUCUCUAGGGAGGGGUUGAAGGGACGGUGGGAGGGUUUUACUCCAGCCCCCCAUUAACUCCAGUUUGUUUUGUCAAUACCUUAAACUCCCUGUGGUAUUUCUGUCAGUGCCCCACCACAAUGUCCUUGCUGAAUCUGUAGCAGAGAAAGCAGGCUUUGCAGCAGUAUUUAUUGACGUUUGUCAGACCGUUGCCUCAACAAAGGGGUUGUAUUCAACAUGUCUUAGGGCUGGUUUGGACCAAUACAGACAAGUGAGCCAUGUGUAUAUAACCAUGGUCUGUGUUCAUGCUCACUCUCUCGUAUCCCCUCAACCGUUAUUAUGACCAAAUGGCGGACCGCACAGCACUGUUCACCCGUCUACUGUUUACCCGUCUACUAGAGAACACGCACGGCAUGUCACAGCAAAAUACGAUUCUUAAACUUCCAGAGUGACUGACUGGUGUAAUUGGAUCAUCCUGAGAAUGAGUCACUGUGCACAGAACCUACAGCUGGUGUCAUACCGAUGACACACUCCUGACACACUCCGCUGUCAAUAGAUUCUGUGGUGUGCUGUGUGCUCCCACAUCACAAUGCAUCUCUGUCCCAGACAGGACGUAAACAAGUUAUAUUUUCCUGCGCCGUAAUAUUACUAGAUUUACUGUCUUGUCAACCAGAAUCCAGAUUUAUGAAUCCCUACAUGUAUAUGAGGAUUUAAAAAAGUGGAUCUGGGAAGCAUGAGAGCAUUACAAAGAGGUUUUUAGGAUGUCUGUUUCUAUCCUGCUUUCUUGAAAGAAGCCUCCAGCAGCAAGGGAGGGAGGGCCAGGGAAUAAAACAAGGAUUUAGGGGGGCACUUGAGCCCAAAUCCAUCUCUCUCCCGUGGCGCGUGGCUCAGUGUGCCCAUGCUAAGGUUAGCAGUUAGCGGAGGUGCAUGGUGGUGGAAUGUGGCUGUGGCAACUGCUUGGCCUCGGUGAUACUGUAUAGGCAGCCCACCAACCUCUGGACUCCACCAGUAGGACAAUGGCCUUUGUUUGUCGGGUUGUGGCUGGGCUGUGGGCAUGACAGAUAGGUCCACUCGGCUGCUGCCUGCAGUGGGAGCAGGGGAGCAGUUAGGCAGCUUUUACUCAGUGGCAUGUAUAUUGGUCCCUGAGGUUGAAUGAGGCAGGAUUAAAAAGGGCUUCCCCGGGCAAGGCCGACAGAUGCAUUCUCUUUUGAACGUCUCUCUGAGGAAACUGCGGUUUCUCAAGUGCUGAUACUAAUCGGAUUUAAGAUGACAUAUUACCGGGUGAAGUGGAUUGUCAUGGUCCUCUGAGAGGCUGGGGGAGGGGCAGGGGGUUAGGUUGGGGGGUCAGGUGGGGGCUCUGAUAGUGGUUAGAGGUACGCUACCAGAGAAGAGGUCACUCAGAGUUCCUUCAUGAUGGGGAUACAGUAUACUGUAGCAUUGAUUCAUCACACUUGAUAUGUUCAUGUUUGCGCAUCAGUGACGUCUGCAAAUACUUCAGACUAAAGUACUACUAAUUUCCCAGCCAUAUAUAUUGGCCUUUGCUUAUGAUUUGGGAAAUAGAUGCGCUGGCAGAGAGCAGAACAUGCUAAGUGUUUAGCUCUGGUGAGCAGAGCCCAUUUGCCUGCCCGUCCCCAAUUUCCUCACUGUUAAAUUCAAAUGUGUGUUAAUGAGCUUUUCAGCCUGGUUAGUGCUCAGUAGUCCCCAGACCUAGGCUUCUCGGCCGCCCGGACGAUAAACCAAUUGUCCUCCUCAGCAGCAGCCGGGGGACCACUUUGUAUCUUGUUAACACCCCACCUGUAGUAGGGGAUUGGGUAUCUGUGUCUGUAAAUACCCAAACACCAUCUUUUUUGGCUGAAUGUCUCAGAUUAAGGGAGCAAGUCAAACCCUGUAUGGGGCUGUGUGGGGCACAGGGGUUAAGUAAAUCUCCAGGAGCCUUUUUAAAUGGGUCUGGUGUAAUGGAGAUCCAGUUAGAGAGUGAUGAAUAGAACCAUGAGCGAGGCACCCAAACGCUGCUGAACAGAUGGCCAGGGCAAAUUGAAAAGACUCCGCAGCACAAAUCAAAAAGGUGCACCUCUGGGAUGCUGUCCCACCGGCCGGGCUGGGCCAGGCCCCUCCUGCCUCUGUGUCGUACUGAUGGGUUUGUGCCCCAAAAGGGCAGCACUUGGCCCACUUCCAGGUCCACCAUAUUCACACUGCUGGAUCUUACUACACUGACUGUUUCUUGCGGGUGUGUGCGUGCAUACAUGCCUGCGCAUGUGUGUGUGCAUCUGAUUUGAUUGUUAUCUACAGGCUCCUCAUAAAUAGUCACAGUUUCGCCAUGACUCAAUGCCAGAAAAUGCUUAAAUGAACUUAAAUAGUCCAUCGUGACUGAGACAUCUUACCUCUCUGUUUUGAAUGGGAGAAGGUUGCCAUGACAGCCUACUGUUUAUUUGGUCGUCUCUCAGUCAUUAGUGUUAAAUCCAGGCCGACCUGUAGAAUCUAGUCAUUACUAGUCAUCAUAGCAGUAUAAUGGUGGGUCUUCCAGGGUGGCUGUUGUAAGGGUUCUUUUAAGGAUAGGAAGUGCCUUUACACCUCCAAUCAGCUUGUUCUGUUGUUACACCUCCAAUCAGCUUGUUCUCCCUGUCUUCAGCUGACACUCUCCUGUCACCACCCAUCUCAAACACAAGGCACUGGGAUUUGCUCCUUGCCUCCCAUAGCGGCCCACUGUUAGUUGCAGUGUCAUAUUUCCACACACGCCAUGUUGUCUUUGUAUUUGUAUUUAUUAGGGAUCUCCAUUAGCUGCUGCCAAGGCAGCAGCUACCCUUCCUGGGGUCCAAACACAUUAAGGUACUUACAUUACACAUAAAACAAAAUAUAAAACAGUACAUUAUAUAACAUUAUUACACCACUACACAUCUACAAUACAAAAUGUAUAAUACCACCAUACAACAAUAUUACAAUGUACGUGUGUGUGUGUGCUAGUGUUUGUGUGCGUAUGCAUGUGUCUGUACCUGUGUGUGUCUCUUCACAUUCCCCACUUCCAUAAGGUGUAUUUUUAUCUGUUUUUUAAAUCUGAUUCUACUGUUUGCAUCAGUUACCUGAUGUGGAAUAGAGUUCCAUGUAGUCAUGGCUCUAUGUAGUACUGUGCACCUCCCAUAGUCUGUUAUGGACUUGGGGAUUGUUAAGAGACCUCUGGUGGCAUUUCUUGUGGGGUAUGCAUGGGUGUCCGGUGCAUUCAGCUUGUCAACACUUCUUACAAAAACAAGUUGUGAUAAUGUCAAUCUCUCCUCCAGUUUGAGCCAUGAGAGGUUGACAUGCAUAUCAUUAAUGUUAGCUCUCUGUGUAGAUUUAAGGGCCAGCCAUGCUGCCCUGUUCUGAACCAAUUUUAAAAGUCCCUCUUUGUGGCACCUGACCACACGACUGAACAGUAGUCCAGGUGCAACAAAACAAGGGCCUGUAGAACCUGCCUUGUUGAUAGUGUUGUUAAGAAGGCAGAGCAGCACUUUAUUAUGGAAAGACUUCUCCCCAUCUUAGCUACUGUUGUAUCAACAUGUUUUGACCAUGACAGUUUACAAUCCAGGGUUACUCCAAGCAGUUUAGUCACCUCAACUUGCUCAAUUUCCACAUUAUUCAUUUCAAGAUUUAGUUGAGGUUUAGGGUUUAGUGAAUGAUUUGUAACAAAUGAAAUGCUUUUAGUUUUUAAAUAUGUAUUACUAAUUUAUUCCAUGCCACCCAUUCUGAAACUAACUGCAGCUCAUUGUUAAGUGUUGCAGUCAUUUCAGUCACUGUAGUAGCUGACGUGUAUAGUGUUGAGUCAUCCGCAUACAAGACACACACUGGCUUUACUCAAAGCCAGUGGCAUGUUGUUAGUAAAGAUUGAAAAAAGUAAGGGGCCUAGACCGCUGCCCUGGGGAAUUCCUGAUUCUACCUGGAUUAUGUUGACGAGGCUGUUCUGUUAGACAGGUAACUCUUUAUCCAUAAUAUAGCAGGGGGUGUAAAGCCAUAACACACAUUUUUCCAGCAGCUGACUAUGAUCAAUAAUUUCAAAAGCUGCACUGAAGUCAAAACAGCCCCCACAAUCUUUUUUAUCAUCAAUUUCUCUCAGCCAAUCAUCAGUCAUUUGUGUAAGUGCUGUGCUUGUUGAAUGUCCUUCUCUUUAAGCGUGCUGAAAGUCUGUUGUCAAUUUGUUUACAGUAAAAUAGCAUUGUAUCUGGUCAAACACAGUUUUUCCCCAAAAGUUUACUAUGGGUUGGUAACAGGCUGAUUGGUCGGCUAUUUGAGCCAGUAAAUGGGGCUUUACUAUUCUUAGGUAGCGGAAUGACUUUUGCUUCCCUCCAGGCCUGAGGGCACACACUUUCUAGUAGGCUUAAAUCGAAGAUAUGGCAAAUAUGAGUGGCAGUAUUGUCCACUAUUGUCCUCAGUAAUUUUCCAUCAAAGUUGUCAGACCCCGGUGGCUUGUCAUUGUUGAUAGACAGCAAUAACUUUUUCACCUCUUCCACACUCACUUUGCGGAAUUCAAAAUUACAACGCUUGUCUUUCAUAAUUUGGUCAGUUAUACUUGGAUGUGUAGUGUCGGCGUUUGUUACUGGCAUAUCAUGCCUAAGUUUGCUAGUCUUGCCAAUAAAAAAAUCAUUAAAGUAGUUGGCAAUAUCAGUGGGUUUUGUGAUGAAUGAGCUGUCUGAUUCAAUGAAUGAUGGAGCUGAGUUUGCCCUUUUGCCCAAAAUGUCAACCUAAUUCAACCUACUUAUUGACAACUACAGAGGUUAGAGAAUGGAAACAAACAGUAGAAGAGACAAUCAUGACAAAUCCUCCAGUGACUUAUUCACUGUCGUUUUUACUAAAUUAAGGGAAACAACAUUACACGUUAAGUACUGCAAAAGCGGGUUUAGGUGAAAUUUCUACCCUCAGACAGAUGUCAUAACAGAUGGAUUUCCAACUCCUAGUGAUAAUAAUCUAUUAUCACACAGUAAAAAAUAUACUGUUUAAGAGUCUAUUGUAUGAAAUACGAGGAGAGUUAAUGAUGAUGAUAUUUAUCUGUAAUGUUGUCUUGGGCAGUACUUCCCUGGUCGUCCUGUGGUGAAGAACCUGCUGAAGUCAGUGGACACGUGGCUGAAGGGUCAGAAGGACACAGAGCUCUCCUACAGCUCUCUGAGGGAUGCUCUGGACAACACUGCAGAGGUGAGGGGUCAGCCCACAGCCACCAGCCAAUCAGACAAGCCUGAGGCAGAACCACUCACCAUAUUGUUGAUGAGCCAGAGUCAAGUGAUUUUAUAGAUGAUAGCUGAAAUGUUGCAGGCAUAGAAUAUCAACACACAGGGAAGUAGGUUUAUAUGUCUCGAUAUUAAUCUUUGCUCACAGCCUUGUGCCAGCAUAUGUAUAACUGGAAAAUGUAUGUGAUAUUGACUUUGGAUGAAAGCCUACAUGCCUAUAGGUUCACCAAUUGGACCAGUCACUUAGUGAAAUCAUUAGCUUUUAGCAGCUGAAUCAAUGAAUCAAUGAAGAGGUAUGAACCAGCUCCUCUAAGAAAUGGACUGGUGUCGAACAGUAUACACACACCGAAUCUUUACUAUCGACUUUGGAGUAAUUCUGUUAAUCACAAACUGCUAUCAUGGGCAGUGGCAGGGACAAAAAGACAAUAUGCUGUUUGAUCAGCAUGUUUCACCAGUGUUUCCUUUCCUUGACCUGAACACAAUCUCACCACUCUGUUGAGGUGUUUCCAUUAACCUGGAAUCAAAAUUGAUAUAGAAUGAGAAUUGUAUGGCACAGAACGUUCUCCCACUUAACAUGAAAUGUUGCAAUAAAAUAGAUCAUAGAUGUAUUUUCCAUGUACUUACUGGGCCUGUUUUCAUUAAUGUAAACGAACCUCUAUUAAGAAUCCUCAGAUAAAGCUGUUUCCUUGUAACCUGCUCUAUGAGAAGAUUGAUCAAUGUGGCCCUAUCUAGAAAUUUUUUAAAGUAAAAUAAAUCAUCACAUUUUCAAAUCACAUUUUAUUGGUCACAUACACAUAUUUAGCAGAUGUUAUUGCGGGUGUAGCGAAAUUCUUGUAAAUGCUUGUUAAUGUGUGCGUUUGUGUGUGAUCAGGUACCUGAUGCUGCGCUGCCUGAGGGGGUGCGGUGGGUGGGCUGCCAGGGCUCCAAGCCCCACUUCAGAGGGUUCCCCUGUGGCAUGUGGACCCUUUUCCAUGUCCUCACUGUACAAGCCGAGGAAGCUGCUGGCAAAGGUAGGAAAAACUCACUAAACACCAGCUGUUUACGUCUUUAUGAUUAUACUAUCACUAAACUUCCGUUAAUUCAAUAGGAAUGUUCCUGGGACAAUGGUAAUAAGUGGAAAAUGGAUGUAGCUAGAAGCUAAAACAAGCCCUCCUGCCAUGUUGGCCUGUUGAUGCGGCCUGUAGAGCCCGUCGCCUCCUAGAAAAUUGGCCAGAAGUCAGCAGCCAUUCAGUCUUGGAGGAGUGAGUGUGUGCCCAGGCGAUGAACCAUGACACAAGUGUUUCCAGUCUGUUAGAACCCCUAUGGCUCUCUGGGGACAGAUCCCUCCAGGUCAUUGAGCCAGUCAGAAGAGUGAACAGCAUUCACACAGGGGCUGCUGCUUUCAUACAGGGAUAUGGGCCAGGUAGGGCAGGGUGGGGGGUGACCAACCGGGGACAAGUGCUUUGUGAACAAAUUAGCCUGGAAUGUUUAGAGGAAUGUUUUGCAUUGACCAUAUGUAACUGCACACACUUAGACUUUUAGACAACAUUUAGACAGUCCCACAACCACUCAAACACUUACUUCAGUGUCAAAUUCCGUGAGUAGCCUAUACAAAGCUCUGUUAUUUUGUUAUUGUUCUGUUUUCUUGACACACCACCAUCUGAAACAGUCCCUAAUUGUGGGUGGGUAAAAAGGGAUUUCUUUAGAUUAGUGGAAUUUGAGUAGUUAAUAAGAGGCAGCUGACCAGCACUCCUCUCCUGGAGGGCUUAAUACCAGGGCUUAUGGGAUGGGGUGGAGAGGGGGCACAUAACCUGCAGAUGGGCCAGCAGGGGACCAGGGGUGUCCAUCUGGCCCCCUGCGGAUGGACCUCUGGAUUAGGCCUCCACCCUACCACCACGGCUCAUCUGAGGGCAAAAUAAGGCUUUACUGUAGGGUAUUAAACACAACAAAAACCUGCAGCAGAAAUUUCGCCACUGGUACGGUGCUGGUACUGAUGGUGACAUCUGCCAACCUGGUUGUUUUUCAGAGCACAUUGACUAAAUACUGUUAUUCAUGGAACACAUCAGAGCACCGUGGGAAUGCCCAGCGGACUCAAGAUGCAUGCCCUUAUUGCCCUGUUAUUAACCACUAAUAGUUUAAUACUGAAAAAGCCCUCUCUAUCCAUGUCCAUUGUCCAUGUUUUGAUGUUUUUAGCCUUUCAUAAUAAUUGGCAAAACAUUUUAAGGGACCGUUGCACCUUUUUACAUUGUGUCAAACCCAUAUGUCCAUAGCCCAUACUAAAUGUAUACGAAACAAUAGAUAGACAUUACUUGCUGUGAUUUUCAAAUGUACAAUAUUACGGCCUACUUUUCAACAGUACACGUCACACUGAUGUGUAUAACAAGUAUGGUUCAUCUUGUUGAUGACUUCCUCCUCCUGUGCGUUGUUCUCCCCAGACCCCCAGGAGGUGCUCCAGGUGAUGAGGUCAUACAUCCACAGUUUCUUUGGCUGUCGGGAGUGUGCCACACACUUUGAGAACAUGGCCAAGGAGAGCAUGUCCCAUGUGAGGACACUGUCCUCCGCCGUGCUGUGGCUCUGGUCCCACCAUAACCACGUCAACAGCAGACUGGCAGGUAAGGACACAUGACAAAUGUUACUGUAACUUCCAUUGAGUAUGAUUGGUAUUUUAGACUGAACCUCCAACACGUAAAGCAUAAUAUGCUAAUUAUAUUAGUAAAUAAGUUGCAUAUAUCAUACUACUAUAGAGAGUAGUAUGACAAAUUGAAACGUGUCCUACAGUGGUCACCAUUGUCCAUACAGUAAUGUUAGAUAAAUGUGGCCCUCACAGGCAACUGUACUUUUCCCUUUCCCACUUCCCCCCUAGAGGAUCUCUUUCAGCCUCUCACGAUCUCAUACAGACCAACCCCCCCUUCCCCCCCAAGUGUCCCAACUCUGCUCCUAGCCCCUAAAUCCCUAUAAUACGCCUGGCGAUCCUCUGGGCAGACACCAGCUGUCCCUCCUCGCUCCUCCUCACCCAGUCUCCCCCAUCUCUUCCUCCUCUCAGAGAUUAGCCCUCCUUCAAGAAGACUGAGAUUCCCUGCCCCAGCCUGUCUAGAGCUCACUACAGGUCAACAGUAAAUACUAAAUCUAUGACCUUAACUGUAAUGCUAAAGACUGCAAACGGCAAAGACUGCAAACACCAAAGACUUCAGCCUUGACGUCCGUGUCAUUUUAAUGAGGGCUAUAUGGCUGCUGAGUUGGCUGUUAGGGCCAUCAUUUGAGUUUAUUAGGCACAAACCUGUCAUUAUCACCUCCCUUUGUUAAAUCGCAUUGUUGUCUUUUGGUGGUGGUGACUCCCCCAUCCUCAAUCUCCUGGACAGCCUGUGUCCUGAAUAACAGGACAGAGGGGCGUGUGCGUCCCCUUCUGUGCUUGUCCCUGGUCCCCAGACACUCCUCCCUAUUAGGACUGCAUGUCUGUCCCUCCCUCCCCAGAGAGUCAUAUCCUCCGCUUGACAAUUGAUAUGGCAACAAUCUCCCAGAGCGGGGACCACCAGCCCAAGAGGAGCCCAGGGGCCCAGGCUCAAUUUCCAAGAUGCUUGUGACCGCAGGUGGCACACGCCAUGUCACCGGCAUCACGCUUCCCCCUGUUUUGUAAUCCCUCACAAGGGUGGUUCAAGUUGUGACGUGUGGUGGGGUUUGGGGGCAGGGCCUCAGAGGGUGGGCUGGGCUGGUGGGGAGGGGAUUGGGCAGGGGUGUUGGUAGCAAUGAGUAGCAGUAUCUCCUCUGUCGGCCCACCCCCUUCACAAACGCCUCUGCUUCUCAUCCCAGUCUUCCCCAGGGGGAACAUACUCUCCUCUUCCCCCUCUCUUUCUCUCACCCCUCUCUCUCCGCCUCCUCGCUAAAGUGGGGCUCUUUAGCAGCUCCCCAUGCCCUCCUUUCAGAGGCAGCCAUGCAUGAAGCAGGGCCUAUUUGUAAAGCAGCAACACAAUUAAUUUAGCUGGCACAAAGGGACUCUGAGCCGAGCCCGGUGCGGCAGCAACAGCAGACCUGUCCUGUUGCCACUUGUCAACAGGGUGAGAUAGAGACGCAUGUCUACAGACAGCAGAGCCUCUCUCAGUAGUGCUGCUGGAGAUGGAGCAGCUCAUACUGUAGUGCAUCAGCCUCAUGUUGUUGGUUUACUAUGUAGUCUGCCUACAUUAUUACUGCUCCUGUGUUCUGUACAGUAGAUCUCCACAUUCAGAAUUAGUGCCGAAGAAACAAUUUUGGUGUGGUAAACAAUAGAUAUGUAUUUAUACUCCAUUAAUAUUUAUGCGAUGCUUUGAAUGACAUUUCCUGACAAGCCUUUGUUACAAUAUCAGUAUUGGUACUAUUGCUAAAGUCACCCCUGGAAAUGAAAGGCAAGGUGAUGAGAAUAGAGACAUCAGAGGCAUGUCGUCAUAAGGGGACGGGAUAUGAAAGCUGUCACGCUGGUGAAAUGUAUAAAACGCCCCAAGCCCAGCAGGACAUAGUAAAAUUGAUGUAUCUCUUAUGUAAAGUGCUGUAUGCAGAGUACAUACACACAUGCAUAUGACUGAGAUUAAUCUGGGGGAGAGACGGGGGAUGUAAAUUGACAGCGCUGUAAAGUGACAGAACUGCUGCAGCUUUGACUUUCCUCUCGCAUGGGCGACGACAAGCAAUUUAUUAGCAGAUGCCUCCAUUUGGGGGGCUAAAGAAAACAUGCAAAGGAAAAAAAAAUUGUAAUUCAUUAAAAGGAGAGCUCCCCUCUGGAGGUGCCUGCUUUCAUAUUCAAUUUGGAGAUUGGGCCGUCUUCAAAGGGGUGUGGAGGUUUGGGGUCUGGGAGAGGUUGGGGAUGGGGAGGAGGGAGUAGCUGUCUGCUUGGACCACGUCUAUUAUCUCGCCACCCCUCCUUCUGGGAUGUCCCAGAAGCCCAUUGAUCAUUGUUAGACCCUGUCACACACUCACACAGCUAAACAUCACACACUCACCCACACACAUGAUGCAAACACACUGCACUUACUGCUUAUUAUGAGCCAUGUGGGGAAAUUGAUCUAUGUAAUGUAUUCAAGCAUCAACAUAGAUUCUGCAUACAAAAAUACCUCUGUGUUUUCUUGGUAUCAGUUGAGUUUUAUUGUGUGAGAUGUCGUCAGUAAGUCCUUCAAUGGAACCAGUCUGUUUUACCUAAUACAUUUAAAUUUCCACCAAAACAGUUUGCCCUCUCAACAUCACUGUUGUUAUCGGUAUCAUUUAUUUAUGUUAGCUCCGAUAAGUAAGCACACACACCCAUCCUAAGUAACCGUCUCAUUCCUGCUGACCAGGUGCCCUGAGUGAGGAUCCCCACUUCCCUAAGAUCCAGUGGCCGUCCCCAGAGCUGUGUCCCAGCUGCCAUGGGGUUAAGAGGAGUGGAGAACACACCUGGAACCAGGAAGAGCUGCUCACCUUCCUCCACUCCCACUUCUCCUCUGAACACCUCCUCUCUGACUACCUGGAGGAGGAGGCCCAGCUCCUCAGCAGGCAGAAGGAGAGGCUAGUCGCCAGGCAGCAGGAGCAGGAGGCCAAGAGAGGAGCAGAGAGGAGGGCCAGGGAGGCUCAGGACACCUUGGUUGAACCACCACCAGGCCAGGAGGAGGAGGAAGAAGAGGAGGAGGAGGAGGAGGAGGAGGAAGAAGAGGAGGAGGAAGUGGCGCAGAGGGCAGGGGCAGGAGGAGAGGUGCAGAUGUCUGAACCCCCACCCUGGGUAAAGCCCAAUGCAGAAGUGUCCCUCCAACCCCAGCGCAGGGCCAGCAUCGUGGGGCUGAAGUUCAGGCCCCACCAGGAGGAGAUUGUAGACCUGGACUCCUUCAUCAACCAGCAGUACAAGGCCAAGGCCCUCCACGCUGCAGCCGCGGUGUCCUCCCGUGUCAAACGCAGGACCCUGCAGAAGGAAAAGCCGCAGCCUGGAGCCGGCCUGGAACAGGGGCCGGUGCUGCGGCUGGGGAUGCAGCCCGUGGAGCCAGAGGACUUGUUAGGGCAGCACAACACGCUGCAGAAGAGGAUCCUGACGGGCCAGUACACUGGGUCAGAGGAGGAGGGGGCUCUGGAGAUGUACCCCCGCCCUAACAAGAGGCGCUGGAUGUCCUUGCUGAGCGUGGGCUUCUCCAGACUGGAUAUCAGCCUGUGUGUGCUCCUCUACUUCAUGUCCUCCAUGUGUCUGCUGGCCAUGUACCUCUUCUUCAAGAACCGCUGGCGGCUGCGCCGGGCCAAG